AUGCGCUGUGUUCUGGUGUUAAUCUUAGCUCUUCUAUCACUACUCUUGGCCCUGGUCCAAGCUGAGCAAAACCAAACCACGCUCACUCAUGUUGUGGAACGCUUCUUUUCACGUCGCAAGCGUUUUGUGCUCUUUCCCCCUGGCUCCAAUUUGAAAUUUACCGGCCAACUAAGCAAAGGUUUGAUCUCAGCGUUUCCCAAAGGUGUGUCCAUGAGCAUACAGCAGGCCUGCUAUUAUCCUGUGCCUUCAAAACGUGAGGAUGUCUACCCAAAGCGCUAUCGUGCGAGAACUACAACCACACAGAAGCCAAAGACCACGGCAGAGCCCACGUAUGUGUGGAUACCGGGCACAAAUUGGAGAUUUAAGGCCACUCCAGUGAAGAAACCCACGCCCAUAAGGCUGCACUCGCGCAUCGAUGUGAGACCAACAAAGAAAUCCUAUGCCGAUCCUGGCCAGUGGGCACAUUGGUCAAAGUAUGGACAAAGCUAUGAGAACUGGUCGCCAGCUGUGGGACAAAAGUAUGAGAAGUACAAUCAGCCACAGUCCUGGAGCAAGUACAGUCAGCCACAGCCAGAAUCCUGGAGCAAGUACAAACAGCCACAGCCGCAGUCCUGGAGCAAGUACAGUCAGCCGCAGCGUUGGAACAAAUGGACAACGGCGUCCCCUCAGUGGUCAAAACGAUGGCACAGAUCGGCUGAGAACGAAUAUUACGAUCCCGAGGUGACACCCUAUGAAGAUGUUAGAUCCGAGCAGUCCGAUCAUUGGGUAGAUCCCUACGAUCCAGACAUGGCACCGCACAAGCCACCGCACUAUCAGGAACUGGCACACGUGGAGGACAUUCGGCACUACAAUGGACACCGCGAUCGUCGGCAAUUGUUCGAGCAUUUCGAUGGGUUCCAGAAGCUUUUAGGAAUCGACACCAAGGCCUGUGUGCUGCGUGCCAUUUGUGACAGCAAGAGAUUGCUUUUGCCGCCAGGAUAUUCCAUGAUCCAAGACAUUGUGCGACUGAUCUUUACCCUACCCACCAUUUCUGGCGUGGAGGAUGACUACAGUCGCACCAUGCGCCUGCAGCCGGACGACUGUGAUCGACGGUUCCGUGACUCCUGCAAGUUCAAUAUUCUGGGCUGGCUGCUGGGCGCCAAAUGGCAUUGAAUAAACACACAUUUUG